UGCUCGAGAGUGAGAAUGAGAAGAGUUGUAAUUGUUGAAGCGAUAAAAUAGCGACUCAAUUGAGUGAAAAGUAAAAAAAGCAUCGACAACGAAGCAAAGUAGAAAAGAGGAAAAAAAAGUUCGUUCAUCAUUCAUCAGUUAUUAUUGUUGCUACAAGCAAGUGAAUCAUCAAACCACUUUAACUCCCAGUGAAUUAUCAAUCAUCCAAAAAAAUAUUCAUUUAUAGCAAUUAUUAAUCAACAGUUAACAGUAGCAAAAAAAUUAUGGUUAAAUCAAGUGAAGUUUGUUGUUAUUUUCAAAUCAAUUUACUGUUGUUACUAACCAUUUGGAGUGUUUCAUUAAUUUCAUCGGUUUCGCUGGCACCCGAAUCGGUAACCAAUUUGGACCAAUAUGCAACCGAUCCCGAUUCAAUUGGAACCGCUUCUCACCUUUCCCUGCCCACAUCAUCCUCUUCAUCCUCACUGCUUGGACAACAACAUAAAGGUAACAAGAUAACAGUCUAUUAUCCAAACAUGGAAAGUCAAGAUUUUUUCGUCGACGACUUGGAAGAUAAUCAAAUUAUGGAAAAGAAAGGCGCUUCUUGGAACAAGCUUCAAGGCGCUUGGGGUAAAAGAGCCUCUGAUAGUUGGAACAAGCUGUCGGGUGGUUGGGGUAAAAGAGGUCCCGGUGACCGCGAUUGGAACCAAUUGUCUGGAAUGUGGGGUAAAAGGUCAAGUUCAGGGUCUCCAUCGACAUCGGCCCAAUGGAACCAUUUAUCGGGAAUGUGGGGUAAACGGGGUUGGAAUGAUUUGAGUGGUCAAUGGGGUAAACGGGAUUCUCCCCAUUGGAACAACUUGCGAGGAAUGUGGGGUUAAGGGUUGUGUCGCCAAGUGAACCAAUUAUCUGUAUCUAUCUUCAUAAUUCAUUUCAUCACUGAUUCCAUCAACAAAGAGACAACACAAAAGCAACAAAACUCUGUUAAUGAUAUUUAUUUAUCUCUUUUCAUUCCUUUUUGUUUCACCCUUUACCUUUUCCUUUAACCUGUUUGGUCAGUUUUGUUUAGCCUUUUGCUUUGUGCUUGGACAACAAUGAAAUUACUUUUUUUUCUCGUCUCGCACUUUUCCAUUCCAAUGUCAUGAUAAUAAAGACUCUUUUUUUGGCUCUUUUUUUGCUUCUUUUUUCUCUCCUUCUCACCUUUACUUUUACAUCAUUUUUGUGCCCUUCAAUCGACCAUCAGUUGAAACAAUUUUUCAUUUUCUGAGUUUUCUUAUUCGUUCGUUUCACUCAAUAGGAGAAAAUUUUCUUUUUCAUUUUUCUUUUUUUCUUCUUCUCUUUGCAAUUGAAUUUCAUUGAAUAUCAACUUGUAAUGAAUGUUAUCAAUUUGCUUUCACUUAACAGUUUCUUUGCCUUGCAAUAAUUUCUCAUCUUUUCGCUUCGUUUUCUUUCAACAUAUUUACUCGACAUUAUUCAACUCACCAUGUUUGCAUGAAAUGAUGUAUUUUUUUCUUCUUCUUCGCCCAACUUUUCUUGUUACUUUUUUUUCCAAUUACACACUUUUAUAUAUUGCUUUUAAUCUCUUUUUGUGUGUCAAUAAUUUCAAAGGAUAUAAACCUUGGGAAUGGAGAUGAACAUUUUUCCCUCUUCGAUUCAAUGUGAAAAACCAUGAGAGUUGAGUCGAGGUUUGAAUUAUUUUUCAAAUUUUUGUUCAUUAAUCGAUGAAAGAAUCAUUCAAAUGGUUUGGUUUUUGUGGUCAUUAAAAAAACACUCUUUUGAAAUACAGAAGGAAAAGUAUCAAAUUUCUUUAUGAGACUCAUGUAAAUUCAUGAGAGAAUUGAAUCUACUGUGAAACGACAAAACUUUAAAAAUGUGGUAAAUAAAGACUCUUUUAAACUCGA